AUGUUUAUGAAAUUCAUAUAUGCUUGGUCGAUAUACAUCUUGAUAUACACUAAAUGUAACUCUUAUAUUCUGAGAAAAAAAUAUUUGGAUAAUUUAUUUUUUGUUAAUUAUGACACAGUUCCCUUAUACGAUUAUAAUAGGAGGUGUGUUAUAUAUGACAAAGCAAAUAAAAGAUGGAAAUUGAGAAACCAGAGAAUAUAUAAAAAAGAACAAAAUGAUGAAAGAGAAAAAGGAAAGGUUAAUAGGUUUACAAGGUGUUAUCUCCUAAACAAUAAUGAAUUUAGACAAUAUGAUAAAAAAUUAAAGAAGAGAAGAAAAGAGAAAGAAGGAAUUCUUUUUAGUAAGUUUGAUAAGAUGUUCAAAGAAUCAUUUAAUGAAGAUGAUAAAUUAAAGAAAAGCGAAUUAAUAUCCAUCUUAGCUUGUAUAUGUACAAAUAUUGUAAUAGAAUUUUUAAAAUUAAAAGAAGAAAAGAAAACUGAAGAUUUCACUUAUACUUUUGAUUAUAGUGUUAUGAAUGUUUUAAAAAUGGUAAAUUUUGAAUAUGACGUAAAUGAAGAAUUAAAAAAACAAAAAAAAAAAAAAAAAAUGAAUAAAACAUAUACAUCAUUAUAUGGAGAAAUUAAAGGAGGAGGUAAUAAAAAAAUUGAUGAUUAUAAUGACAACAUACAUAUGAAAAAAAAUGAGGAUCCAACAAUUAAUAAUUCUUUAUUUAAUGAAGAAAGGAUAGGUGCAAAUGAUAAAAUAGAAAUGUUUGAAGAAACGAAAGAAAUAAAUAUUGAUAUUAAUAAUAAAAACACAAAAGAAGAAAAUGAAUUAUUAGAUAUGUAUAUUCAAAAACUCGAAUUUAAUACAUUAGAAAUGAAUGAAAUUAAAACAUAUAUUGAUUUAUUUUUUGGAAAAAAUACAUAUGAAAAAGUUUUUGUAAAAAAUAAUAUAAAUAUUAAUAAAAUAUUUGAUGUGUUGCAUACAGCUUUAUUUGAUAAGACACAAGAAAGAGAAAAUGUCAUGCAACUACAACAAUUUGUUGAUAAUCAAGAAAAGAAAUUAAAUGAAAAAAAAAUUAAUGUUAGAAAUAUUAAUACAUUUAAUGAUUAUUUGGAUAAAUAUGUGUCAUUAGAAGAGGAGAAAAAUAUUAAUGAUCUUGAUAAUAUUUUGUAUGAUGAUGAAAAGUAUGAGUCGGAGCAAGAGAGGACGAGCGAAAAGAAGUGUAUGCGUAAAAAAAAAAAAAAGGGAACAAAAUCAUUAGAUAGGGUCAACAUGGAUAUUGACAAUGAUGGUGAUAAUAAUAAUGAUGAUGAUGAUAAUAAUAAUGAUGAUAAUAAUAAUGAUGAUAAUAAUAAUAAUGGUGAUGAUGAUAAUAGUGAAGAUAAUGACAAUAGUGGUGAUUAUUAUGACAAUAAUGGUGAAGAUAAUGACAAUAAUGGUGAAGAUAAUGACAAUAAUGGUGAAGAUAAUGACAAUAAUGGUGAAGAUAAUGACAAUAAUGGUGAAGAUAAUGACAAUAAUGGUGAUUAUUAUGACAAUAAUGGUGAUUAUUAUGACAAUAAUGGUGAUGAUAAUGACAAUAAUGGUGAUAAUAAUGACAAUAAUGGUGAUAAUAAUGACAAUAAUGGUGAUGAUAAUAAUAAUAAUUAUAAUAAUAUUGAUAAGGAUAACACCAAUAAUAGUAAUAGUAAUAAGCAUAGGAAGCAUGACAAUUAUUACAAUGAGCUUUCUAAUGAUCAGCAUAAUAAGGAUAAUCACAAUCCAAAUAAUCAUAAUAUGAAUCGAAAGACACAACAUAAUAAUAGUCACGAGGAAGAGAACAGAUAUAUUAAUAAAAUUCAUGUGAAGAAUAUAGAGGAAGAUAGAAACUUUUCAAAAAAUAAUAAUGAAGAUAAAAAAAAAAAUCAUGAAGAAGAAAAAAAAUUUUUAAGUGGUCUUUCCUAUGCCCUAAUUAAAGGUUGUAAUAUACAAAUGGAACAUAAGGAAGAAAAAAUGAAUGAAGAAAAAAAUGAGUGUUGUACUACACAUUAUGAUGAUAAAAAACUUGAAUCUUGUCAUGAUAAUCAGAAUCAUAUUAUAUUAUUAAAUUUUAUUUAUGAUAAUAAAUACAAUAUAGAAUUUCGUACAGAUGUUGGUGUUGUAGCAUAUGAUUUAUUGAAGAACGAAUUUGUGGAGGAUAAUAUUGAAGAAUGUCUUAUUAAAGAUAUCAAAUUAAAUCAUGUAUUUAAUAAAGAUAUUAUAAAUAUAUUUGAAAAUAUUAUAAAAAAUCUAAAUUUAAAUGUAAUAUGUUCUUUACCAUAUAAAAAACGAUUUUAUGAAAAACAAAAAUUAAUUAAAGAUAUUAAUAACAAAAUAAAUUUCCAUAAUUUGAAUGAUGAAAUGCUACAUAUGUUAUUAUAUAUUUAUUUUAUUAUAUGGGGAGAGGACUUGCAUUUUUAUGAAUUAAAAAAGGUUCAUAUAGAACCUAUAAAAAAAGAAGAUAUAAAUAAAUCAAUGAAUACAAAUAAUUAUGUAGAUAAUAAAAAUGAAAAUAUAUUAUCUGCACAUAAUUUCUUUGUAAAUUUUAAUUAUAAUGAUAAUGACGAUAUAAUAAUAGAUAGUGAUACAUAUAAUAAUAAUUUAUCCAAAAAUAAAAAUAAUCUAUUUGAUUCUACAUUUUUUGAGAAUGAUUAUAUAUCAUUAAAUUUAAAAAUAUUUAUUAAUAAUAAAAAAGAAAUAAAUAAUUAUGAUGAACUAAAAAAUGCUUUUAAUAUAUAUAAAUGUAAUCUUAGUGAAUAUAUACAAAAUUUUUUAAAGAGCAUAAAUGAAAAAGACCUUAAUUUUGUAACUCCAGAAUAUUUUGUAAAAAAUUAUAUAUAUAAUACAAAUGAUGAAUUUAUAAAUAUAACAGAAAUUUUAUAUAAAUGUAAAUUACAAAAGAAAUAUAUCUCAUUAUAUCCAGAACAAACUAAUAGUAUGGAAAGAAAUAAAAAGACACAUUUUAAAUUAUAUUAUUCUUGUCCAACAUCGGCUCCUUUGGUUAAUACAAAAAUAAAAAUGUUACAAAAUAAAUAUGGAUUUAUAAAAAAUUUUAAAUCAAAUAUAUUUAAAAUAAACAAAAAAAAUAAUAAUAAUAUUAUUAAAUAUUAUCAUGAUUGUAAUUAUAAUAAAAAUGAUUAUGAUUGUAAUAAAAAUGAUUAUGAUUAUAAUAAAAAUGAUUAUGAUUAUAAUUAUAAUAAUUCAGAGACCCCUGUUGGAAGAUAUUCAUUUUUUUUAUUUUCUAAAAACAAAAAAAAAUAUGAAACUGUAAAUAAAAAGGAGAAAUCCAAAUAUUAUCAAACUAUUAAUGGAAAUAAUAAUAUAUCUACGACUUGUGAUUUUCUAUCGAAUGAGCAAUUUGACGAAGAAAUAGAAAAUUUUGAACACAUAGAUAAUAUAUUAGGACAUCAUAAUUAUGAUAAUUUUAAUGAAGAAGAAAUAGAAAACACAAAUACAAAACAGGAUCCUUCAAAUAAAAUUAAUCAUUAUGAAAAGAGUAAAAUGGAUAAAUCUAAUGGUCCUACAGAUAAUAAUAAUUUAACAUGUGAAAGAACAAAAAGUAGUAAUAAUAAUCCUUAUUUGCAAAAAAUGUUCGAGAAACAAAAGUAUAUGAAUAAUAUUUUAAGUUUGACAAAUAUGAAUAAUAAUAUAAAACAAAAUGUUCAUGUAUUAAGUUAUGAAGAUGCAUAUAGUAAUAUAAAAAAUGAUUUGAAAAAUAAAUCAAAGGAUAAAAAAAAAAAAAAAAGGAACCAAAAUGAUGAUAAUGAUUAUAAUGAUGAUGAUAAUGAUUAUAAUGAUGAUGAUAAUGAUGAUGUUAAUAAUGAUGAUGAUAAUAAUAAUGAUAAUAAUGAUAAUAAUAAUAAUUAUUAUUAUCAUAAUAAUAAUAUGGAUGAACAAAAUAAUAUUCUUGAACAAAUUGAUGAGGAAAAAAUUGAGAAACAGUUAACAUCGUUACUGCAAAAUAAAGAUAAUUAUGAUAUGAUAAAAGAGAAUGAAGAAAAAAAAAAAAAUAAGGAAUUAGAAAAAUUGAAUAAUGAAAAAGAAAAAAUUAGCACAUUUUUUAAAAAUAUGAAUGUUGAAAUAAAAUUAAACAAAAAUGUUUGUGUAGGAUGUGGUGCUAUAUUUCAAUCAAAGGAUAUGAAUAAAUUUGGAUUUUUAAAAAAUGAUAUAUAUGAAAAAAUCAUAAAUAAAGAUGAGGAUUUAGAUAAAAAAAAUAUAUUAAGUGAAAUUUAUGAAGAAAAUAAAAAAACAAAUACUAAUAUAUCAGAUAUUAAUAUAAUAUAUAAAAAUGAUACUAUAAAUGAAUUAUACAAAUUAAAAGAAAUGAAUAUUAAAAAGAUGUCUGAAGAUGAUAAUAAGAAGAUACAGUAUGAUGAGGAUCAUAAUGUUAAUAAUAAUAAUAAUAAUAAUAAUAUUGAUAAUAAUUUUUUAAAAGUUCAAAAUAAUAUAAAUAAAAAUGAGAUGGAUGAAGAUAUUAUGGAUCAGAAACAAUAUAUAUGUAAACGGUGUUUUGAUUUAAAACAUAAAAAUAAAAUAACUAAUAAUUUAAUUAUUAAUUAUACUAAUAAUAAUGAAAUAAAUGUACAAGAUUUUGAAAAGUAUGUUAUAAAUAUAUUUAAAAAGAAAUGUUUUAUUAUAUAUAUUGUUGAUGUCUUAGAUUUGUAUGUUUAUUCAAAUUUGAAGAAAUUAUUUAAUCUUUAUAAAAAGUUGCAUAAUGAUAAAAGUAAAUUGGAAGGUUUUUAUUUUUGUGUAAAUAAAAUUGAUUUGUUAUCAAAUUAUAAAGAAUUUACAGUGAAAAAUUAUAUUUACAAUUUUUUAAAAAGUAAUAAAAUCAAUGUAUUAUUUAAAAAUAUUUUCCUUGUGAGUGCAAAAACGGGAUAUAAUGUAAAAAAAUUAAUUUAUACUGUUUUUAUGAGGAGCAAAAAUAUACUUCGAAAUACUAAGAAAAAAAAUAAACAAAAUUUGGAUGAAGAAGAAGAAGAUACAGAAGAGGAUGAAGAUAUGGAUUCAUUACAAUGUGGAAAUGAUAAACAAGAAAAAAAAAAAAAAAAAAAAAAAAGUAAAACAUUUCUUUUUGAAAAUUUGUUAAAUAUUAAUUCUAAUAAUGAUGAUAUAAAAUGUGAUGAUAAAAAUAAUCAUACUAAUAAUAAAAUAGAUGAUCUUAAUGAUUAUGAUUUAAUUAAAUAUAGAAAAGAGCUAUUCUCAAAUGAUAAUAAGAAUAAUUUCUUAAAUGAACAAUUGGAUGAGAAUAAUUAUAAUGAUAAUGAUUUGAAAAAUUAUUAUUCAAAAAAUGUAAAUAUAUAUAUUGUUGGAAAUGCAAAUAGUGGUAAAUCAUCAUUAAUAAAUUAUUUACUUAAAAACGUUAAGAAUAAAGAAAAGAAAAAUUUUUUAAUUAGUCAUAGUAUAAUACCAGGUACAACAUUAAAAAACAUUAAAAUAAAAUUAAAUAAAAAUAUAACAAUUAAUGAUACACCAGGAAUUAUAUCUAAUAAUUCAAUUUUAUCAUAUUUAAAUUUUGAAGAAUUAAAAUAUGUUGUAUGUAAUAAAUUAAAAAAUAAAAUCACAUCUAUAUAUAUCAAUGAAAAUGAUUAUAUUUUUAUUGGAGGUCUUCUAUAUAUUCAUAUAUUAAAUAUUAAAAAAUAUUAUUCAAUUAUGUCUUUUUUUUUAUCUGAAAAACUACCAAUAAUUAAAAGAAAAAAUUUCUCAAAAGAUCCAUCUAUGUUUAUCAAACAAAAAAUAAAAACUGGUUUUCUUUAUCCACCAUUUAAAGAAGAAAGAUUUGAUGAGAUUAAUAACUUUAAAAAAUAUUAUUUUAAUAUAAAUAAUCAAGCUGUAGAUAUUAAAAAUAGUAGUUAUGACAUACAUAUUCAAGGAAUGGGAUAUAUUACUUUUUAUUCUUUUGAAAAUAUCGAAUUCAAUUUGUAUACUUUAAAAAAUGUUGAUGUUAUGUCAAGACCGUCUAUAAUGCCUUAUCAUAAAAAAUUUGGUAAAUUGAAUUUUACAAAAAAAUUGAAAUGA